GUCUUCACUGAGUUUCAUUUUUGCCCUCACGCUCCAGUCUCUACUGAGUCUCAUUUAUGCCAAAAAGCUCUCUCAUAUGAUCGUGUUUUGCCUUUUGCAUCUCUCUCUGAAACCUGAAUUGGCAGUUGUUGUCGUUGAAUGGCGAAGAAGUACGUGAGGGAGACCAUGCCGCUAUCGCGGUUCGGGGUGCUGGUGGCGCAGUUGGAGUCCAUAGCGGCCUCCGCGGCCCAGCAGCCUCCGGAGCCCCUCCUCUGCUUUGAUCUCCUCUCCGAUCUCAUAUCCGCCAUUGACGAAGAGCCCAAGGAGUCUAUAUUGUUGUGGCAAAGAAAAUGUGAGGACGCGCUUUAUUCUUUACUCAUUCUUGGUGCUCGACGACCUGUUCGUCAUCUGGCAUCCGUGGCAAUGGCAAGGAUUAUAUUCAAGGGAGAUGCCAUUUCGAUUUACUCCAGAGCGAGCAGUCUUCAAGGGUUUCUUUCUGAUGGGAAAAAGAGCGAGCCUCAGAGAGUUGCUGGUGCUGCACAAUGCUUAGGAGAAUUAUAUAAGCAUUUUGGGAGGAGAAUUACCUCAGGUUUACUUGAAACGACUAUUAUUGUGACAAAACUUAUCAAGUUUCAUGAGGAGUUUGUGAGACAAGAGGCUCUAUAUAUGCUUCAAAAUGCUUUGGAAGGUUCUGGUGGUAGUGCUGCUUCAUCUGCAUAUACUGAAGCGUUCCGUCUCAUCAUGCGAUUUGCUGUUGGGGAUAAAUCAUUUGUUUGUAGAAUAGCUGCAGCAAGAUGUCUGAAGGCAUUUGCUCACAUUGGAGGGCCAGGUUUAGGAGUGGGUGAGCUUGACAAUGCCGCAUCUUAUUGUGUCAAGGCGCUAGAGGAUCCCAUUUCAUCUGUUCGGGAUGCAUUUGCAGAAGCUUUGGGCUCCUUGCUUGCUCUUGGAAUGAAUCCAGAUGCACAGGUUCAACCAAGGGGAAAAGUUCCUUCUCCUCCAGCAAAGAAAUUAGAAGGUGGUUUGCAAAGGCAUUUGGCUUUGCCCUUCAGGAAAGCAAGCGGAGGUCGCUCAAAGGAUGUACGAGUUGGCCUAACCUUGUCUUGGGUUUUCUUUUUACAGGCUAUUCGUCUAAAGUAUCUGCAACCAGAUAGUGAGCUUCAAAACUUCGCUUUGCAAGUUAUGGACAUGCUUUGUGCUGAUACUUCUGUUGAUGCCCAUGCAUUGGCAUGUGUUCUCUAUAUCCUUCGGGUUGGCGUAACUGAUCAGAUGAUGGAGCCUACUCAAAGGAGCUUUCUGGUUUUUCUUGGAAAGCAGCUCCAGUCUGCUGAUGCCAGUCCUUCCAUGAAAAUUUCUGCUUUACGUACCUUGUCCUAUACACUGAAAACCCUGGGAGAGGUUCCAUUUGAAUUCAAGGAAGUUCUUGAUGACACGGUUGUGGCAGCAGUAUCCCAUCCAUCACAACUGGUGUGCGUUGAGGCUGCAUUGACAUUACGUGCAUUGGCCGAGGUUGAUCCCACUUGUGUUGGUGGUUUGAUUUCUUUUGGGGUGACCACGCUAAAUGCUCUAAGGGAGAACGUUUCUUUUGAAAAGGGAAGCAAUUUGCAAUUUGAACUUGAUUCUUUGCAUGGGCAAGCGACUGUGUUGGCAGCUUUGGUUUCUGUUUCGCCAAAGUUACCUCUUGGUUAUCCAGCUAGAUUGCCUAGAUCUGUGCUUGAGGUUUCAAAAAAGAUGCUGACAGAACCUAGUCGGAACCUUGUGGCUGCUGCGGUUGAAAAAGAAGCUGGAUGGUUACUUUUAUCAUCUUUAUUAGCUUCUAUGCCAAAGGAGGAGCUUGAAGAUCAGGUUUUUGAUAUUCUUUCGUUAUGGGCUACCAUAUUUAGUGGAAAUCCGGAACAUGAAAUCAAGCAAACUGGAGAUUUAACAUCCAGGAUAUGUUCUUUUGCCUUUUGUAGUGUGUGGUCUGCUGCAGUUGAUGCACUCACGGCAUUUGUAAGAUGCUUUGUUACUCCUAAUGCUGCAAACAGUGGAAUUUUACUUCAACCGGUGCUUGUAUACCUCAGUAGUGCUUUAUCCUAUAUUGCGGUGGCUAGAGUUAAAGAGAUGCCAAAUAUGAAGCCUGCACUAGACAUAUUUAUCAUCAAAACGUUAAUUGCUUAUCAGUCACUUCCUGACCCGUUUACAUAUAAGAAUGACCACCCCCAGAUUGUUCAGUUAUGCACAACUCCAUAUAGAGUUGCUUCUGGAUGCGACGAAAGCUCAUGCUUGAGGUUGCUGUUAGACAAGAGGGAUGCAUGGUUAGGUCCCUGGAUUCCUGGAAGGGAUUGGUUUGAAGAUGAGCUUCGGGCGUUUCAAGGCAGUAAAGAUGGCCUCAUGCCUUGUGUAUGGGAGAGUGAGCCUUCUAGUUUUCCACAGCCGGAAACAAUAAGCAAGACAUUGGUGAAUCAGAUGCUUCUCUGCUUUGGAGUAAUCUUUGCUUCUCAGGAGAGUAGUGGGAUGCUCUCACUUCUUGGAAUGAUGGAGCAGUGUCUGAAAGCUGGAAAGAAGCAAUCAUGGCAUGCAGCCAGUGUCACCAAUAUAUGCGUUGGGUUGCUGGCUGGGUUCAAGGCUUUGCUUUCUUUGCGUCCCCAACCACUAGGGCCUGAAAUAUUAGGUUCGGCACAAGCUAUUUUUCAGAGUAUUCUGUCAGAGGGAGACAUUUGUGCAUCACAGCGCAGAGCAUCGUCGGAGGGUCUUGGUCUUUUGGCUCGCCUUGGCAACGAUAUUUUUACGGCAAGAAUGACAAGAUCACUGCUUGGUGACCUAACUGGGGCAACAGAUUCAAGCUAUACUGGAUCAAUUGCCAUUGCACUUGGCUGCCUUCAUCGCAGUGCAGGAGGAAUGGCUUUGUCAACUUUGGUGCCUGCAACUGUGAGCUCAAUCUCUUUACUGGCUAAAAGUUCAAUAGCUGGUUUACAAAUCUGGGCUUUGCAUGGACUUCUUUUGACCAUUGAAGCUGCUGGCCUGUCCUUUGUGAAUCAUGUCCCGGCAACACUUAGCCUUGCCAUGGACAUUCUUUUGUCUGAGGAGAAUGGAUGGGUAGAGCUUCAGCAAGGAAUUGGCCGCCUGAUAAAUGCCAUUGUUGCUGUUAUUGGUCCUGAACUUGCUCCAGGCAGCAUUUUUUUUACACGUUGCAAGUCUGUUGUUGCAGAGAUAAGCUCCUGCCAGGAAACAGCAACAAUGCUAGAGAGUGUCCGCUUUACACAACAACUUGUUCUGUUUGCACCACAAGCUGUUUCUGUCCACUCGCAUGUGCAAAAUCUUCUCCCAACGCUGUCCUCAAGACAGCCAACUUUGAGGCAUCUUGCCGUCUCUACUCUGCGACAUCUCAUAGAAAAGGAUCCGGUUUCAAUCAUUGAUGAGCAAAUAGAAGAUAACUUGUUCCAUAUGCUGGAUGAAGAAACUGAUUCUGAGAUUGGAAAUUUGGCACGUACCACCAUUAUGCGAUUGCUUUAUGCAUCAUGUCCUUCACGUCCUUCUCAUUGGAUAUCAAUAUGCCGUAACAUGGUUCUUGCUAUGUCAACAAGGAGAACCGAAAAUACCAAAAUUCUAGCAAAUGAUCCAGAGGGUGACACCAGAACAACUUUUGGAGAAGAUGACGAAAACAUGGUUUCAAGCUCUGAAGGUAUGUCAGGAAAAGGUUAUGGAUUUGAAGCUGCCGGCAUGUUGUCUACUAGAGAGAAGCACCUCAGAUAUCGAACCAGAGUUUUUGCUGCUGAGUGUUUGAAUCAUCUACCCAGAGCUGUAGGGAAGAAUCCAGCUCAUUUUGACCUCUCUUUGGCAAGGAAACAAUCAGCAAACAGACAGGGUUCUAGCGAUUGGCUGGUAAUCCAUGUCCAAGAGUUAAUAUCGCUCGCUUAUCAGAUAAGCACAAUCCAGUUUGAAAACAUGCAGCCAGUUGGUCUGGGGCUUCUGAGUACAGUUAUGGAUAAGUUUGAGAGGACACCUGAUCCUGAGCUUCCAGGACAUCUUCUGCUAGAGCAAUAUCAGGCCCAACUAUUAUCUGCAGUUCGCACUUCCUUGGACACAUCCGCUGGCCCUUUGCUAUUGGAGGCAGGCUUGCAACUGGCUACCAAGAUACUGACAAGUGGAAUAAUUAGUGGUGAUCAAGUUGCAGUUAAACGCAUAUUUUCGUUGAUUUCACGCCCAUUGAAUGACUUCAAAGAACUUUAUUAUCCUUCAUUUGCUGAAUGGGUCUCAUGCAAGAUCAAGAUAAGACUUCUGGCUGCUCAUGCCUCUCUCAAGUGUUAUACGUAUGCAUUCUUGAGAAGAUACCAUAAUAGGAUUCCAGAUGAAUAUCUAGCAUUGUUGCCUUUGUUUUCAAAGAGUUCAAGUAUACUGGGAAAGUACUGGAUCCGGGUUUUAAAGGAUUACAGUUAUAUCUGCCUUUGUUUGCAUCUCAAGAAGAAUUGGAAUCAGUUCCUUGAUGGGAUCCAAUCACCUCUGGUUUCUUCAAAGCUGCAGCCUUGUUUGGAAGAAUCCUGGCCGGUAAUUUUGCAAGCACUUGCGCUGGAUGCAGUUCCUUUGAAUCUUGAUGCGAAUGAACAUUCCAAAAACACUGUUGAAAAUAUGGCAGGAAGCUUAGUAUCUGGAUAUAGCAUGGUUGAACUGGAGUCUGUAGACUUUCGGUUUCUGUGGGGCUUUGCUCUUCUUGUUCUUUUUCAGGGACAAUAUCUAAUUCUUGGUGAAUCUAAAUUGCCUUUGGUUUGUGCUAAAGCAAGACAUAGUGAAGACUCACCAAUUGAAGAGCUCGAUUCCCCUGGCUUGAACUUAUACGAAAUUGUGCUACCAGUUUUCCAGUGUCUCUCUACUGAAAGAUUUUUUAGUGUGGGAUAUCUCACUCUAGAUAUUAGCAGAGAAUUAUUGCAGGUUUUCUCAUAUUCCACACACAUGGAUAAUUCAUUUAACAGUCUUGCGAUAUCAGUCCUAUCACAGAUUGUGCAGAAUUGUCCUAAAGAUUUCCUUGAAACAGAAGAUUUUGCUUAUAUUGCAACGGAACUUUGUUUAGCUUACCUCUUCAAAAUGUUUCAAAGUAGUGAUGCAACUUCACCAGAUCAGCCGAAUUGGGAUGAAUUGAUGUCAACAUUAUUUUUUACUGCAAAGACACUGUUGAAGCGAUUAGAAACUAAGGUGUUGCAGAAGCAGUUGCAGUCAGUGAUAUUGGCAUUUCUAUUAAUUGGUUACAAGUGCAUUAGAGAUGCCAGGACUGAAUUAUGCUUCUCAAAAGUCAACGAAUUUGUCAAGUGCACCAAUGCCUCAUUGGAGAAACUUAUUGGUGAAAAUUCUAAACUUGGUGAUGAUGGCAUUCAAUAUCUGAGAGCAGUUAUUGGAACCUGUCUGACUGUGAUAGCUAAUUUGACCAAGGAUUGUAUUGAGGGCAUCCAUGUAUUGGAGAAUAAGAGAUCAGACUUCCGCAAACUACUGCAAAUGAAACUCGCUUUCUCUGGGGAACAAACUAUAUCAUUUGCCAAGCUGGUUCAUGAAAUUCAAUGUCUUGGACAGACCAAAGACAUUCAUCCCAUAUAUUCUACUCUGUUCAUGUAUUGCACAGAGUGUAUCCGAACUUUACUGACAGACGUAAAUAUACAGGUUCAAGCAAUUGGGUUACAAGUGCUAAAAAGUAUGGUUCAGAAAGCCUUGAGCAAUGGUUAUGAUGCAUUUGUAAUAUUUUUGGUUGGAGAACAUAUUAGAGAUAUUUUCACAAUAAUCCAGAGGAUGCUGAAGAAACCUCUAACCAAAGAAUCAGUGACCAUUGUUGGGGAGUGCUUGAGAAUCUUGGUGCUUCUGCAGACGCUUUCCAAAGGUAGUGAAUCUCAGAGAGGUUUUAUGAAUUUGCUUUUUGAAGCCAUUGUGAUGGUUUUCUUGGCAUCAGAAGAUGGGUCUCAGGAAGCCAGUGACAUAAAAAGCACUGCUGUAAACCUCGUCUCCCAUCUAGCUCAAGUCCCUUCCUCUGCAGUAUACUUCAAGGAUGUCUUGUUGUCAAUGCCUCCAAUGCACCGGCAGCAACUCCAGGGGGUUAUCCGUGCAUCUGUAACACAAGAUCAUCAUGCAACAGAAACGAAACCAUUGGCACCGUUAUUGGAAAUAAAAUUGCCGGUGCCAACAGCUGGAAUUGGAGGGAAACAUUCCCCAUCAUUAGCCUCUACAGUUCGCUUAGAUAACAGUGGAACAGAAGAGGAUGGAGAGGAUGAUGAUGACUGGGAUGCUUUCCAGUCGUUUCCAGCCUCUACAAGUGCAGCUGGAAGAGAGUCAAAAUUAGAGAGUCCUGCAAAAGAACCGGGCUUGGUUGAGAACUCUUCUGUUCUGAAAAUUGAUUCUGGAAGUAAUGACUUUCAAGAAUACUCAGUCUCGCAAUCUCAAAACAUUGUGGAGGAGAUCAACCAUUCAGAACAUCAAGAGGCUGGUGAAGAAGCUAUAUCUGACAGGCAGGGCAGUCAGGCAUCUCCAGAGAAUGAUGCACAAAGUACCAGAAGUGGGAUGCAUGAAUUCCACACUAGUGUCAUCAAGCCCUGCGAUGAUCAACAACAGGAGAAGGAAGAGGAGGAAGAAGAAGCAGCAGUUUCAAGCAAAGAGAACGAACAAAGAUUAUCCGAUCCUCAAUCUGUUGAAGUUGCAGCAGGAUCGAUCGAAGUAAAUGAUAUGGGGGAUAAUGAGGUGAGAAAGGAGAACCCAGAUAACAAAGAUGAUCUGAUAUCGUCAGAUUCUCUUCUUCCUCGUGAAGAAUUAUCUUAUGAAACUCAUGGAGAAGGAAUUCCUGAGACUCAGAGGGAACCACAAGAAGCCGACGAAGAAGCCCAAAAGACAAUGACUGUCGAAAUUCAUAGCAGUGACCAACAGCCAGAGAGUGUUGACUAUUCGGGAGCACCAGUAAGUGAAGAAGAUAAUGCUAGACUAUGAUCAUUCUCCGUGACAAAGAAGAGCAUACGAUGUGUAUGAAAUGAUUAGUUCACAAAAUUUUCAUAGCUCAACUAUAACUCCAAGCCAGGGAAUCAGAUUUUGUGAGGCCCAAGUAGAAUAUUAUUUGUCUGAUGUAAUGUGGCCCUCUUUAUAAUUCUGCCGUUACAUCAGUUUCGGUUCUCCAUUUACCUCUUUGUAUAUGUUUAAUAUCUCAUAUAUUUUCAUGCUGGUCUUCAGCUUGACUUGAUACUUUAGGAGGGUUCGCAUUUCCAUAUUGUAAAGGUCUUGAUAUUUGACUGAUCUACAGUAUAUGCUCGAAAAUAUUGAGAAACGUGAAUGAUCCAAAUGACUUGUACAGAUUAAGAUCUCUUAAUGAACUUAAAGGAUCUUAAUCCCAUUUCUUAUUUAUAAAUACCAAUUUCGAUGGAA